GGAGGGGAGGCGGAAAUGGACCGCCCGGUUGCCAUGGAGACUGGGAGGUAAACAGAAGGAGCCUUCAAGGGGCAGAGGAAAGGAAUGAGCGGAGGAGAAAUGUCCCCAUGCAAGAUUUAGAGGACUGAGAUAAAGGUGCCAAAAUGUACAAAGUGGACAUCCAGCCGGAUACCAAGGAGGCCACUGCGAUCGAGGCCCGGCGGAACCAGGAGAAGCAGAGACAGAGCCGCAUCUUCAACACACGCUACCGCACGAUGGGAGUGGACGUGGAAGGCUUGAAGAGCCAGGUGGAAGAGCGGAAACUGAGAGAGAAUGCAGAGAAGCAACGGGAUGAAGCCUUUGAUGCCCACCGAAUCCAGUACGACAAGAUUGCCCAGAUGCUGGAGGACGAGGAGCAGCAGCGGAAAAGGCAGCUGCACAAGGCCCUGGUAGAGUUCCACCAGCAGGAGCAGGAGCCCGCCACUCGGCGGGAAUGGGACCUGCAGGACCCCGCGGCGCUGCGCAAAGGGCAGCCGGCCCGUGUGAGCGACGACGACCCUCGCUGUGGCCCAGCGAGCAUGCAGUGCUUUGCUGGAGAGGACAUGAAUGGGGCUGCCCGGCAGAAGCUGCUGAAGGAGAAGAACAGGAGGGACCUGGAGGAGCAGCGGGCGGAGCGGGAAAAGGCCCUGGCUGACCGCAAAUACGCCGUUCUUAUGUUCUUUGCAGACACCUUGGAGGACAAGAAAAGGAUCGAGCUCGACCUGCGAGCCCUGGAACUGGCGCGCCUGGAGGAGGAAUGCCGCAGGGCCAAAGCCAUGGCGGUAGCAGACUUCAACCGGGCGCAGGCUGCAGAGUGUGUCGAGCAGCAGCGUCUAGCCCAACAGCGCGAGCAGGACAAUAACUACACCGAGAUCUACAACCACCUGACCGGGGACAUCUUGACAGAAAAUCCGGACAUGGCCAGAAGCCUGGUUGGGCCGCACCGUAUGGUCCCCUACCUCUGGAAGGGGAUGAGUCCCGAGCAAGUGGAGGCCGUGCGCAGAACGCAGAAGGAACAGUGCAAAGAGAACCAGAGGCUGCGGGAAGAAGAGCGGCAGCGGGAGGCGGAAUGGGAUCGGCAGCGGCACUUGGCUGCCCGGGCCGGCAUGGUGAUGGAGGAGGAGGUGCAGAAUUUUCACCUGCAGCUGCGGAAGAGCCAGGAUGCCUACAACCAGGAGCUGGCGGAAGCGCAGAAGGCACACUUACAGCAUCUGGAGAAGGAAGUGUACACCAACACGCCUACCGCCCAGUACCACCUGCAGUUCAACACCAGCACCCGUUGAAGAUGGAAAGUUCCCAGAAGCCACUGCCAGAGAAUCACAACUUUUUUGUGUGGGCAAAGAGUGCCCCCUGGUGGCCAUCAUGGGGAGAUUCAUGGACCAGCCCUGAGCUACCCACCAAGAAAGAUAU